UAUAGGUCAAGCAGUUGCGAAAUAAACAACUCAUGGGACAGGGAAAGAAUGAGCUGACAACACCGUAUAUAUGACCCGCGUUCAACGUUGAACAACUACACAAGCUGAACGAACCGCUGACCUGUUGCCAGCAAGUUACUUUCUGUCACACAGACUUCGGCAUGGAGCUGUUCAGUGGAACUGUACCGUUGACACUUGGUCUAUUUGGGGGCUUCGUGACUUUGCUUUAUAUGUAUGGUAGGCGGAGACAGCGCCUGUUGAAGGAUGCCGGUAUCCCUGGACCAGAACCAAAUAUCAUCUUUGGGUCCCUUCUAACUUUACUGAAGAAGGGGAUUGACUUUGAAAACAAGAAGGGGAAACAGUAUGGAGACGUUUUUGGCGAAUGGCUCGGCGGAAUCCCGAUGAUAACCGUCUUUGACCCUGACAUUUUAAAGGAGGUUUUGAUAAAAGAUUUUCAAACAUUCACGGACCGAUUGGGCUUUGAUCUCAACGAUUACCCUCUCACCACCAAUCUGUUCAACGCGAAGAUUGCCACCUGGAAGAGGCUUAGGAAAAUCACGAGUCCCACCUUCAGUGCCGGCAAACUCAAAAAGAUGUGCGGAGGAUUAAAUCUUUGUGCCCAGAAACUAACAAAGAACUUUGUUCAUGCUGCUGAAAGCGGUGAAGUAGUUGAUUUGAAACAAUACUUCGGGGCAUUCACCAUGGACGCCAUUGGCAACACUGGAUUCGGGAUUGACAUCGAUUCACAAAACGACUUUGACAACAGCUUUGUUAGAGAAACCAAGAAAGUGUUUGAUAACGCUUUUCUCGCCAACCCAGUCGUUUUUUUUAUAAUGCUGUUCCCUGAACUCACUCCCCUGGCAAAGAUGCUCGGGGUCAGUGCUUUCCCGAAGUCAACCAAGAAGUUCUUUACACAAGCUGUCACAGAAAUGAUCAAAGAGAGGAGAGAUGAACCAAGAGAGGAGAGAGAGAGGAGGGUUGAUUUUCUGGAGCUCAUGUUAAAUGCAGAGGAUGAUGGUGGACAUGAAGAUGGCGCCAAGAUUUUAGAUGAAGCAACAAAGAAAUCAGCCAAUACACUGACGACGGAUGAAGUUAUUGGUCAGGCGUUUGUAUUCUUCCUGGCUGGAUACGAAACCACGGCGAGCACUCUGCAAUAUAUUGCAUACAUUCUGGCAACACAGCCCGGUGUGCAGGACAAACUUGCAGAGGAAAUAUCUUCAGUACUCGGAAAUAACGAGCCUGAUUACGACAAUAUCCACGGAUUGGUGUACAUGGAUCACGUGAUCAACGAAACCCUGAGACUCUACCCAGUGGUUCCAGGAAUUAACCGUUACGUGUCCAAGACAACCACAAUCAAGGGAUGGACAUUUCCUGAAGGGGCAUUAAUCAACAUCCCCAUCGUCGUCAUGCACAGAAACCCAGAGGUUUACCCAGAACCAAAGAAAUUCAAACCUGAGAGAUGGGAAAAAACGUCUGAGAUCAACCCUAUGCACUAUCAGCCAUUUGGCCAUGGACCACGACAGUGUAUCGGAAUGAGGCUCGCCCUGAUAGAGGUGAAGGUCGCUCUCAUCCAUCUGAUGAGGAAGAUCCAGUUUGUCAGACUGGAGGACACACCGGACGAGCUGACAGAAUUUGUCGUCACAGGCGUUUUCGCACCAAAGAAACCACUCAAGCUGAAAGUUCAACUCCGUUGAUUGAGA